GUGCAUGCUACAAGUCUUUUUUUUAUGAGCAUAACCACCAUUAUGUAGAUUUAUUUUGCGCAUCUUUGACAAGUGAAGGAAAUUCAUAAAAUGGAUUCAUCAAUAUUUUGUUUUGUCAGCUUCUUCUGGGAAAGGGCUCUUCUCGGACUCAACAACCUCCGUCAUCUGAGUUUGACAGCUACAGCAGGUGGCUAAGGACUGUGGGUAUUCUUUGCAUCAUUCACAACACCCCUGCUCUGCUGUGUCGCUGUCUCCAGGAGGACAGUGUCUUUUAGAUAACAGCUACAAUGGGCUGCUCACCAUCCAAAGGUAACAAUUUUGGGACUUUGGGUUCCAUGAGGAAGAGCCGAAUGCUGCCUUCUGCACCUCAAGAAAACCCAAGGCAAUUCACAGAAGAUGGAAAGAACUGUAAUUCAACUAUAUCCACAAAUGUGGAUAUAAAGGAGAGGAAGACAUCUGGACGAAGCCAGGUAUUUCAGAAGGAGGCAUAUUUGACACCGCAAACAAAGAGAUCUAUGACCGAGCCUGGUCCAGAAGCAGGGAACAUGGAUAAUUUAGGGAGUCAAGGCAUGGACAACAACAAGAAAAAAGAGAGAAAUCACGACAAACAGGAUGUAACAGAGAAAAAGUCUGGAAGAAAACCAAAGAAAAACUCCAGAGGUGCAAAAGUUCUUAAAAAGAAAGAUAAAGACAAACUAUCUGCUGAGCUCAAAGUGGACUUCCCAGAACCACUGGUAAAGGCUCACCAGGCUGCUUAUGCAUUUUUGAAUCCUAGCAUAAACAAGUAUGAUAUUCUUCUUGGACUUUUGGAACAAGCAACCGAAACUCAAUUUUCUGUGCAGCCUAUGGUUGCUUUCAUGGCUCUACGCUAUGAGGAAAUAAAUCAGGAACUGAAAGAGAUGGCAGAUGAGGGAGAAAAGGUUUUAAAAGAAAAUGGAGGACAUCUUGCUUGGACGAGUCAAAUGAAAAACCUUUCAUCUUCUGCACCUCUGAAGUCUGGUUUUGCUAGCACUGAGCCCCCACCGGAUUUGCUGCAGCAGCUGCUUCAGUACACCACACAGAGAAUGCGAAAUGUGAGCCACACUGUUGGUGGAAUUGGCGAUUCUGCCUUGGAGGAGGCAGUGGAGUACUUUGCCUCAAUUUCAGAGGUCUUAGAGGAGAAACUGAGAGUCAAGCGUGCAGUAGAGACUAGGCUAAUGCAACUCUUAUCACAUAUUGAAAUGGCCUCUCUGCGCAAGCCUGGGCCAGAGGACUCUGCUCUGUUUAGUGAGGACAGUGGAAUUGGAGCGGAGAUUGAAUCCCUUGCUGGAUCUGAAAGACACCACAGACGGGAGAGUUGUGAGUCCACUGGAACAAAUAGAGCUGCACUUGUCAGUCCUAUGGAAUACACCUCCAUGAACAUUACACAGGGUGUCUUAAAGCAAAAGCAAGUAAGUCCAAGUGUUUCCCUCACAUCACUCAAUUCACUCGGCUCUAUGUGCACUAUAAUGGCUAAUAAUGACCAAAGAGACUCAUUGCUGGGAUCAGUCUCCUUUGAUGAUGGGGGGGAAGAUGAAAAUGAUAAUGAAGAGGAAGAAGAAAGGUACAUUAAAAAUGUCCAAGUAGGGAUUAGAAAGCGAUCCAAUUCUUCACCAGUACAACAUGACCAACAACCACGUCGCUUACCCCCUAAGCGCAUUGAGAAUCCACAAAAUGUAGAAAUGACUCUUAAAAUGAAAAAUGCAAUAAGUGGUAGGAUACAAUUUGUUCCAUCACAGAACACAAGUGCCAAAACGAAACUAGCAGGCAGCCCAAGAAAAAGUAGACAGUGGACAGAUGAGGAGGACCAAUCUGCAAGGAGACCUCAAACAGCAGCACCUGUUCGAAAGGCACUAGUAAAAAGGACCACAGUGACUGGACAGCAACGAUCACGGUCAGCGGAAUCCUUGAGGAGUAAAGGUGAAGAUCCGACUCUGCUUGAACUAGAAAGGACUCAAAGGGAUUUAAAUCAGAGAUUGCAAAGGAUGACUAAAAGCAAGGCAGGGGUCAACACAAGGACAGCUCUAUCUAAGCACAGUCAAGGUAGCUCACCAGCACAGUCUCCAGCAAUCAUUCGCAAACAGCCAGAAAGGCACAGCAAUCCCCAACCACUUAAAGGGAAAUUAGACUUAAAAAGGCAAAACAAUAAAAAACAGGAUGAAACCAAUGUUACAGAAGAGGACAAGCUGAAGAAAAAUAUAACAUCUAGGGGUCCUGUAAAGGCCACCCCACCCCCAAGCCCUCCUUCAUCACCACGGCCAUCUUCAGGUCUACGCAAAGGCCGGAACUCAGUCAGGAAACUGAUUGAUACCUUUAGUCAAGGAAUAGAGGAACGAGACGAUCCUAAAGUUCUGGGGCCACUAAAAGGAGUACGGAAGUGUGGUGUCCCUGUGUUACCUGGUUUAGGAAAUAUGGAGGCAGUGCUAAGCACCGGAUUAACCAGCUGCAGGCCUGGUAAAACUGAUGAUUUAGAUCUGGACAGUCUUCCUCCACCUCCACUGGAAGUAUUAAUGGACAAUUCGUUUGAAGGUGUCCCGAGUCUUUCAACAGUUGUAGCAGAUGAUUGGGCUACUAAAGUUGGCAAAUCCCCUGUGUUGAAAAGGACAGCUGUAUCACAAAAACUGAGGGCCUCAGUUCUGUCAGCGACAGUGCUACCAAGCAAAGGAGGCUUGCCACAGGCCUCCAAGGUUGUUUCCUUUGUGAAAGCAGAUCAACAAGAUGCAUCUGCUCCAUCAAAGUUUAGCCAACCAGACUCACAACUGAGGUCUGACCCAGGAAAUGAAAGGUAUUCUUUGCACCAACAAUCAAGGAAGAUAAUUCACCUUAGAAGCUCUUCAGGCUCUCAGACAGAGAGCUAUUCAACAAGUUAUGUAGAAACUAAUCCACCUUCAGGUCAAGAAGAAUCUGAAGACUUUCAAGAUGGUGGCAACAAAUCAGUGCCUGGACCUGACACUGCAUUGUCUACAUCAUCUCUUUCUUUGGUCGUCAAUAGCCAACCACCUGCCACCCCACCUAAAUCAAGGAGUCGAAUGUUACCUUCCACACCAUCUACACCAAGCAGCUUACAUCGAAGCCUUCCCAGUCCAAAUUUAAAAAGGCAACCCACUCCACCAAUUUCAGCUAGCCCUCCUCUAAACAGGAAACUCCCCACACCACCAGCAGUCCAGAGGAGGCUCCCCAGUCCGCCUGUGGCAAAACAGAACAUCUCAUUCUCAUAUCCUUUCAAAGCACCUUCUCCACCUGCCUCACCAAAAGUGCAAAGAUGGUCAAGAGAGAACAGCAGUGAAGACUCUUCUAGUGCCCGGAUGAUUAGUAAUGCACGUUCAGUUUUCUGUCCUGUGUCCCCAUCCCUGUUUGAGGCCCAGCCUUGUUCAAUUCCCCAACUACCAGAAGCGUGGACUUCUACUGGGAUGUCUUUUCUCUCACGUCGCUUUGGAGGUCACUCAAGGUUUCCUGUAUCCGUUCAAGGACCACGCCCCUUCAUCCGACGUAGUCAUUCAGACAGAAGGCAGAGUUUAUCUUCAAUAGCAAGGCAACCAGGCAUCUCAGUGGCCGAGACUUGUGGGAGUGAGCCAGCAAUAUACUCAAAAGGGCUGGACAAUGAACCAACCAGGGACGAUGAAUUAUGGGGUAGCCAAUCAGACCUCAGAGCUACACCACGCUCUGCAUCACACCCAGAUCUGUGUGUUGUUGGCCAGGCCUUGUACAAAGACAGAACAGGCCAGUGAAGGGAUUAUGGAUUAACAGGCUUUACAGGAUUUACAGAGAUGUUGUUUAUUCCACGGAGAACACAGAGGAGCUAUUUCUAUUCACUUGUUGUUGCUAAUAUCAUGUGAACCUGCUCUUGAAUUUAUUUUUGGCCUGAAUGUGUUUCAUAAAUACAUUUUUUUUAUUUACAAUAUAAAACUUGCACGUAUAUAGUCAUUGAUUUUAGCAGUUCAUUCAGACCUAUGCUCACAUCAAAGUGCAGACAAUCUGCAGUGUCUUGGUGGCUCUGUUGUGAAAGGCUUUACUCCACAAUUACUGACAAAUUAGAUGUGUCAAUGAAUUAACCCGAAGAAACACAUCACAUCAAAUCAUUCCAUGAUUUAGUGCCUAUAGCCCUUUCUAGAAAUGAUUACUUAUAAUACAAUAUUGUCACCACCAAUUACAGAAUAUCAUAUAUCUGUCAAUCAGUAUAUUAUUUUAUUCUGUUAUUGUUUCCUGCAAACCAAAUUGUACCUGUCUGCCAUUACU